AUGUCUUCGCAAGGCACCUUCACAGAAGUCCAUCAAUUCACUAAGUCCUACAAGCAUAUGUGGGCUCGUGAUGUCGCCAAGGCGAGUAUGAACUAUGAUCUCAAGGGUGUUAUCGAGCGCUUGAAGGAGUCUGUUCCUACUAAGUUCGAUGGGAAGGAUAACAUUGGUUCACUCCGAAAGAAGACCAUGAAGGCCACUGGUCCAGGCUACAUCCCCGAGGAGCAGGGUAAGAUUAGCGUUGGCAUUGUCGGUGCCGGCGUCGCUGGCUUGUUUGCCGCCCUUCUCUUUGAUUGGCUCAACGGCCAUGAAGAACUCAAGGGAAAAGGUCUUAAGAUCAGCUAUGAUAUUCUUGAGGCUGCUGGCGCGGACAGACUUGGUGGACGUCUUUACACUCACCAUUUCUCUGAUGAGGAACACGACUAUUAUGAUGUUGGUGCUAUGCGCUUUCCUAACAACACUAUCAUGAAGAGAGGUAAUGUCUGGGACCCGAAGAAAAAGGCAAAUGACCCGUACCAGGUCAACGAAGGCCUUCCUCCGAACGGCAAGAUCCGACCAGAGCGCCUCCUCAAGACCAACCCCAGCGAACUAGUCAGCACCGCUCUCGAGGUGUUCACAAAGGUUGCAAAGGAGAGGUUCAAGGCGGCAAUCGCUGAAGAGGAAGAGGAGGAGAAGCAAGGAUUCAAGAGUGUCGGUGAAGACGGGGAACGUAGGCCUAGAGGGCCAGCAUCCCAAAAAUUAUGGGAUCUUCUGAUGAAGGCGGAUCAUAUGAGUGUUCGACAAUUUCUUGGCUCAGGCCAGCCGAGAAAGGAAGGGGAAGAACCAGAGCCUCCAGCGGAAGACGAGUUCCCCCAGGGCCCUGGCUUUAACUACAACACUAUCGAAUAUCUCGAGACAAUGACCUAUGGUACAGGCUGGUAUGACCAAUCUCUCACAGAGUGUGUCCUGGAAGAGCUCGAUUUCCACACACCCGACAUGGACGACGACCCAGCAACAAAGGACAUCCAGUAUUGGUGGUGCAUUGAUGGUGGUGCACAGGAGAUCGCCAAGCGGAUGGCUUUAAAGAUCAAGAAGCGCAUUGAAUACAACACCAAGGUUCAAUCAAUCGAUGCUCAAGUUCCACUCCGUCGAGAGCGGAAAGCUGGCACGUACACUCCCAUGAAGAUCAAAACCACCAGAACAGACCCAAAGACGAAAAAGGUCGAGACCAAAGACAGGGAGUACUUUGCCAUCUUCAACAGCACCACGCUCGGUGCCCUUCAGCGUAUGGAGCUUUCGGAUGCUGGUUUGUCUUGGGGUACUAAGCAGGCCAUCCGAGCUCUUGGGUAUGGCGCUUCUUCCAAAGUCGGCAUGAAAUUCCGCACUGCAUGGUGGCAGACGCCGCCAUUCAACAUUGCCAAAGGUGGCGUAUCCCGAACAGACUUGCCUCUGCGCGUUUGUGUGUACCCAUCGUACAAUAUCAAGUCAAACGAGGGUGAGGAUAAGUGGGAUCCCACAAAGCCCGCCGUGCUUUUGUGUUCCUAUACCUGGGGUCAAGAUGCCCAGCGUAUUGGCGCCCUCUGUUCCAACAACACAACACAAGACGACGCGGAGCUCAAGCGGCUCAUCAUCCACGACCUUGCACGGCUUCAUGCUCGAAGGGAACGCCCAUUUGAGGAGAUGGUGAAAUUUCUUGAAGAGCAAUACAUCGAUCACCACGGCUACGACUGGUAUAGAGACCAACACAUGUCGGGAGCAUUCGCGUAUUUCGGUCCCGGGCAGUUUUCCAAUAUGUGGCAAGAAAUCAUCAAGCCUAACGCAUUAGGUCAACUGUAUAUCGUCGGAGAAGCAGCCUCGUCCCACCAUGCAUGGAUCGUAGGUGCACUGGAAAGCGUUGUCCGAGCCGUGUACGUUAUGUUCCAAGGUCUCCAGAACGGUAACGAGGAUUUUGAGGCGUAUGACAUCGUCCUGAAACUUCUCAGAACUGGGUCUGAUAGUGACAAGAGCGUCAGCUUGCCUUUGAAGAAAGACGGCGAGAUGCCCUCCGGCUUGCCUUUCCAUCCUCUGCCGGAAGAGAUGCCUACAAGACAAUUUUGGACGACCAAGGACCAGGAAUUGACUGCUAGCCCUGAGAAGGAGGCUAACGAGGAACAUGUUGACAUGACCUACGGUGCUGCUCUGGCUGUUUUGAGCUUGAUUGAGAGUUUCUAUGAGCUGGGAGUGGACAAGAAGGACACCUAUUAA